AUGGCCGGCCUCAUGCUUGAGGACCUUUUCCGCGUAUGCCGGGAAAAGGGUUCUAUACACAGCUUCGAAAGUGGCACCACGAAGCGCAAGCUGGUCCGUGAGCAGAAAAGCGCCAGCAGCGAGCACGGCUGGUUUCGCGAGAUGCUCGAGCGCCAAGAGACGCGAGAGCUGGACGACGGCGACGACGGCGACGACACCGGCAGCCUGCCAUGCAAUGAGGGUGGAGCGCUUUGGCGAGAGGGCGGAGAUGGGAAGACCUGCCUGGGCGGCGAGGCGGUCAGGGGAGACUGCUUUGCGGAGGGAAGGUGGGUCACCGGCUUUGGGGCGGUAGGCGGAGAAGGCGGUGAGAAGGGAAGCGGAGCGAAGAGCUUGAAAGAGGGAGCUGAAAUUGGGGGAAGUGGGGGGCUGUUCAGAAGUCAGGGGAGAGGUGGCGACGUCGUUGAUGAGGCGGAUGGCGAAGGCGCGAGAGUCGGGAGUGGGUUCGGAAGCGUUGCGGUAGGAGUGGAUCUGGGACAAGGCGCGAGAGAGCGGGGUAGUGGAGGGGGUGCAGGCGGUUACGUGGGAUCGGACGCGGCGAAGAGGGCAAAGAGGGCGAAGAGGGCGAAGAGGGCGGAGGAGGGGUAAACUGGGAACGGGCAGAAAGGCUGGGGUUGGGGAGGUCAUGGUGGCAGAUGAUGGGGAGCGCUGGAGAGGGGGUUGGGCGGGGAGAGGGAAAGCCGAGAUGGAAGUCAAGAUAAGCAAAAUUUGCAUGCAAAUGGGGUGCUGGAGUAACUAGAGCGGAAACAGCCAGAGAGAAGCAUUUCUGCGGACAGUGUGAAGGCAUCGCCGGGACAUUGUCCACGUGCCACUGCCUCAAUGGUUUAGAGAACAGCGCAGGACCCUAACUAAAGGCUCCGACCACCGCUUACACUACGUUUGGCUGGUAGAAAGAGAUCAGAGGACUACACGGGGAUACAUCGCUUCACAGAAUGUCGGUGCCACCUGACACUAGUGCUCUCCUCGUUCAGGACCGUUUGCAACUUAGGAUCCAAUCCUCUACAAGUCGUGGAGGCAUAUGCAUACUGAUGAAUACUACAUGUCGACAGGCACUGUUCUCUCAGCACUCUAGUGGCAAACAUGGAAAUGUGUCUACUGAGAAACUUUCGCAAGAGCUGUUGCACCAGCAUGUGUCCAUAUUGCACCAAGUCUGAACGACAAUGCAUCAAGAGCACUACUCCACUGAGUGGCGUGUACGAAUGAAUCUCAGAAAGGGAGGUGGGCACAACGGCCGCAAAUUCUAAUUUUGUUUACGAGAUCUCUCUGGUUCGUGCGCUGCGUAAUGUCGGGUGACUAAAUGCUUUUCAAAGAAA